AUGUCUUUGGACAAUUGGGUUAUAAGAAAAAAACCUGCAGAUGAUAAAAAAAAACGUGACAUCGAAAUUAUUAGUGUUAUAAAAAGCCCCACUAGCGUAGCUAGCAACCUUGAUAAGAAAAAAAAUUUAACAACAACUGCAAAAAAAAUGGUUAAACGAAAAAAAACAAGAAAAAGUUUGAAAAGUCGAACUUCAAAGUCUUCUAAAAAAAAGUCAUCUCGCAAAUCGUCAAAACGUAAAAGCACGAAAAAAAAAGUAUCACAAUUAAAUAAUAUUACUGAAAAAAUUGAAGCAAGUAACACGUCGUAUAAUGAAGAAAACAAUUCUCCUGAUACUAGUGUAAAAGUUAUUUCAAAUGAAACUGAAAUGAAAGAGUUAGAUGAAUAUUUAGUUUCAUCUGAAUUUCUUUCUUUAACAAAUGAAAAACGAAGUUUAUGUAUAUUAAAGAAAAUUUUUAAUCAUGAAGCAUUUAGAUCUAAAGAACAAAAAAAAGCUAUUUUUAAGAUUCUUGAAGGUGAUUCAGAUAUCUACAUAUCUUUUCCAACAGGAGCUGGAAAAAGUUUAUGUUAUCAGUUGCCAUCAUUAUGUAAACCUGGAGUUACGAUUGUCUUUUCACCACUUCUUGCUUUAAUAAAUGAUCAGAUUAAUUCAUUAAUAGAAAAAAAUGUUCGUUGUUGUCAAUGGAAUUCAAGUAUUUCAAAAGAAGAUAGAGAACAAAUAUCUAGAAAUUUGUUUUCAAAUAAACCAAACUAUCAUAUUGUUUUUACAACACCUGAAUCUGGAAAAAAUCUUUUUUUUCGAGAAAUACUAAAAUCUCUUUUUGAUAAAAAGUUGUUAAAUUAUUUGGUCAUUGAUGAAUCUCAUUGUGUUUCUCAAUGGGGUCAUGAUUUUAGACCAGAUUACUUAAAAUUAUGUGAAUUAAAAGAUUUAUUUCCAUCUAUACCACUAAUAGCUUUAACUGCCACAGCAAGUGAACAUGUUGAAGAAGAUAUUAGAAAAAAUUUAAAAUUAUCUUCUUCUAAUUGUAAAACUUUUAGAAUAUCACCAUUUAGAAAAAAUUUAUAUUAUGAUGUAAUAAUGGCAGAAGGUUUACCAAAAUUAGAUGAUAAAAAAUUUGGUAAUCUAAAAAAAGAUGAAUACAAAAUGGAACAAAUUAAAAAGGAUGUUGCUGACUUUAUUAAUAAAUUAAUAACUCAUUUUAAAAAAGAAAAAGGAUCAUCUUUUAAUUCUUUUAGUGGAAUAAUUUAUUGUAGAUCCAGAAAUCAGUGUGAAGAGAUGGCUGGUUAUUUGUCUAAAAAAGCAAUCUCUGCCAAAGUUUAUCAUUCAAGAAUUCGAAGUAAAGAAAAAAUUGAUACACAAAAAGAGUGGAUGGAUAAUAAGAUAACUGUGAUAUGUGCUACUAUUGCUUUUGGUAUGGGAAUUGAUAAAUCAGAUGUUAGAUUUGUAAUACAUAUGAGUUGUCCAGAUGAUUUGGCUGCAUAUUAUCAAGAAACUGGUAGAGCAGGUAGAGAUGGUAAACGAAGUUAUUGUAGAUUGUAUCAUUCAAUAAGCUUAAAAAAAAGAGCUGAAUUUUUUAAUAAAGGAAAUUUAGGAAAAAUUGAAAAAAGUAAAUGUGAUGAAAAUUCUAAAAAGAUGAAAAAACAAAAUUUAUCUAAGUCAUUUGAAAAAAUGAUGGAAUAUUGUGAAAAUGAAUGUUGUAGGCAUAAGAUGCUUUGUGAAUAUUUUGGUGAUAAAAAUAUAAAAUCAUGUAAAAAUAAUUGUGAUUUUUGUAGAGAACCACAAAAAGUUAAAGAAAGAAUAAGACAAUAUCAUAAUGAUGAAAAAACUUGUGACCUUAAAACAGGAAUAGGUGAAAAAAAUCCAGGUCCUUUUAAAAGAAAACAAGUUGAUAAUGAAGAUCUUUAUGGUGGAGGAAAAUAUGGUUAUCAAAAAGAAAUAGAAUAUUAUAAAGAACCAUCAAGGCAAGAAAUUUAUAGAAUGGAGAAAAAUGAAAAAGAAGAACGUUUUAAUUUGAUUAAAGGUGAACUUGCAAAAAGAAAAAAAUUUUCAGACAUUAAUGAAAAAAAAGUAUCAAAUAAAGAGGAAAAUCCUGAUGAUUUUAAAAAUCUUACCAAUCCUCAUGACAAAAAGUUUAAUGAAUAUAUUUUAAGUAAAAGAGAAAAAGUUAGGGAAAAUAUUGAGAAAGCUAUUAAAGAUGCCUAUCCUAACUUAGAAGAAAGGUUAAAAAAAUCCACUGAAUAUGAAUAUAAAUUAUAUUCUGAGUCUUCCAGUAAAAAUGGAUACAUAUCUAAAAGUACAGGAUUUAUUGUUAGUUUAAAAAAAAAUAUUGAAAACAACGGGGAAAGUGCCAUUUAG